AAUAGCAUUAUGCAUAAGUGAUGUGCAUCAUCACAUAGCGUUUGUAUGUUUUUAUCUAACUCCUUAGCAUUGAGACCUGUUGUGCAAAAGUCUCGAAAUUCAUGGCGCCUCUUGGGGUCAGAUUGUCUGUUGAAGAAAGCCACGUGGUUAUUGAUAAUGGCUUGCUCCAAGUCACACUCUCCAAUCCUGAUGGCAUUGUCACUGGUUUAAGAUACAACAACAUUGACAAUUUGCUUGAAGUUCUUAACGCUGAAAGUAAUCGCGGGUACUGGGAUAUUGUAUGGAGUGCAGAAGGAACAGCGAGGGGUGGAGUAUUUGAAGUGAUCAAAGCGACAACUUUCAAGGUUAUAGUGGAAACAGAUGAACAAGUUGAGGUGUCAUUUUCGAGACCAUGGGAUCCUUCUCUCCAGGGAAAACUAGCUCCCUUAAACAUCGACAAAAGGUUCAUAUUGCUUCGUGGUUGCCCAGGUUUCUAUUCCUAUGCCAUCUACGAACACUUAGGUUCAAUGGAUUGGCCUGCAUUCAGCCUCAGUGAAACCAGAAUUGCAUUUAAGCUUCGGAAAGACUUAUUUCAUUACAUGGCUGUAACGGAUAAUAGGCAAAGGUACAUGCCCCUACCAGAUGAUCGCGCACCUGGGAGAGGUCAACCACUAGCUUACCCUGAAGCUGUCCUACUUGUUAACCCUGUGGAGCCUGAACUAAAAGGACAGGUGGAUGAUAAAUACCAGUACUCGUGUGAGAACAAAGAUCUAAAAGUCCAUGGUUGGAUAAGUACUAAUCCAGCCGUGGGGUUCUGGCAAAUUACAGCCAGUGAUGAGUUCAGGUCAGGCGGGCCUGUCAAACAGAACCUCUCCUCGCAUGUGGGACCCACUUGCCUCGCUAUGUUUCUCAGUGGUCAUUAUGCCGGUGAGGAGUUGUGUCCUAAAUUUGAGCAGGGUGAGGCGUGGAAGAAAGUUUUUGGACCAGUUUUCAUAUAUCUGAACUCUGUAAUGGAUGGAAAUGAUCCACUCACACUCUGGGAUGAUGCCAAAAAUCAGAUGUCGGUUGAAGUGGAAAGGUGGCCUUAUAGUUUUCCAGCAUCAGAGGACUUCCCAUCAUCAGAUCAACGUGGAAAUGUUAGCGGUAGACUAUUAGUUAAGGACAGCUACAUUGACAAGGAUUUACUACCAGCUAAGGGAGGUUAUGUGGGAUUAGCGCCACCAGGAGAUGCUGGUUCGUGGCAAAGAGAAUGCAAGGACUAUCAGUUCUGGACAAAUGCAGAUGAGUCGGGCUACUUCUCCAUAAAAAACAUACGCGUUGGAAACUAUAAUUUGUAUGCUUGGGUACCAGGAUUCGUUGGAGAUUACAAAUAUGAUGUUCUAUUUACCAUUACUGAAGGCUGCGAUAUUGAUGUGAAAGAUCUUGUGUACGAGCCUCCAAGAGAUGGGCCAACACUAUGGGAAAUCGGGAUCCCUGAUCGCUCAGCUGCCGAAUUCUAUGUACCAGAUCCUAAUCCGAACUACAUUAAUCCAAUUUUAGGCAAUCCUGCAGAUAGGUUUAGGCAGUAUGGAUUAUGGGAAAGGUACGCAGAGCUAUAUCCUGAUAGUGAUUUAGUGUAUACAAUUGGCGAGAGCGACUACAAGAAAGAUUGGUUUUUUGCUCAGGUUACAAGGAAAAAGGAUGGCAAAACUUAUCAAGGAACCACUUGGCAGAUCAAGUUUAAGCUUGACAAUGUAGAUCAAACCGGAACAUACAAGCUAAGAGUGGCUAUCGCAGAAGCAACCCUAUCCGAAUUGCAGAUUCGGAUGAAUGACCAAACAACAAGUCGCCCUCUAUUCACGACAGGACUGAUUGGGAGGGCUAACUCCAUCGCGAGACACGGGAUCCAUGGACUAUACUGGCUGUACAAUGUGGAUGUACCAGGAAAGCAAGUGAUUCAAGGUGAUAACACCAUUUAUUUGACACAAUCAAGAAGUGCUAGUCCUUUCCAGGGCAUCAUGUAUGAUUACAUUCGUCUCGAAGGGCCUGCAACUCACUAAGUUUAUGGGGGCUCUGUAGGAAUGCAUGCACAGCCUCCCCGGAGAUAUUGAUCUGACAUUGUUGCUUUUGUUUAGAAGACUUUGAGAGGUUGCAGCUUGAUAGUAACACGUGUGUGCAUGUCUGUGUUAUAAUCUAGUGCAAAUUUAUCAAGAUACAUGUAAAAUAUUCAUUUUAUUUCAUCUAGAAUUUAAAAACAUCCGAAAUUUUAUAAUAUUAUUUUUGUUAUGUUUUUA